AGUUCAACAUGGGUCAUAGAGUUUGACCCAUGUUGAGCUUUUCGGUCAGCACAUAGCAUACGCUGAAAGUCAGCCAACCAACCCAAAGUAGAAAAGACCGGCGAGCAAGGGUAGACAUCUGCAACGCACAAAAAAAACUAAGAUUCAAAAUAAUAUUGCCGCACAACUAUUACUCUGCUUCAGCAUAUGCCCGAACUUGGACUCAAACCCCAAUCCAAUAAUAACAAUUCAGGGGGAUUGAUUCGCAAUGGAUGCAUCACCAAUCCACAGAGGAGCAACAGCCGACUUUGAGAACAGAGCCUUCAGGCGCCACGUAGCUUAUACCGAGUAUGAGCAUGAGCCUACGCCGUCCCCCUCUCCUUCAGACGGUACCCUUAGCGAUACCGGCGACGAAGAGUCUGCAGGCCAUGAGGAUGAGCAGGUGCUCGAGCAAAGUGUCGACGAUGCGGUAGAACAAUUCUGGAACGAUGACGAUGAUCCGAUUGCGGAGACAGCGGGAGAGGUCGUCCGAGGGAUGGGUUUUACCAAGCUCCUGGUUGAUCGGUAAUUCCUUCAAUCGUCAAGUAUUCGGCGUACCUGUUCAUCUCUGGAAGGCGACAAAUUAUGCGUGCGAUUGGCCGAGGUUGAAUUGCGAAAUUGAGGAGGAAAGUGGUUUAUUUUGGGGGGGCUAGGAAGUUGAAGUACUGCACGGACCACGCACAACGGGUUGACAGCCAUUCGACACGGACGAAAACCGGCCAAUUCCCGGGCGAGAAAUUUGAGCCGCCCGAGACGGCAUCCGAUAGGUCAGCAGGCAGGCGUUGUCAGCGGUCUAAAGGCCUUAAAGACCUUCUCGCAAUAGUGGGAUGCCCAGAAGUAUACUCCCUCUUUUAUGACGUUGUUGACGACCUGGGCAAGCCAGCAGCCGUGCGAAGUAAUAAUCCACCAUGACCUCGUAUUCUUCUUGC